CAUUGUUGAAGUUUGUACAUCAGGAGGGAACACUUUGUGCAGCUAUUUCAACUACUGUUCACAGUUAUAAGAAGAGACAUGUUGGCGAACCGUCUUGCAUUUGUCACGGGUGGAGGUAGCGGCAUUGGACGUGCCAUCUGUCAAUCAUUUCUCAAAGAAGGCGCUAAAGUAGCCAUCGUUGACAUAAACAAAAAUGCUGCUGAAGAUACAGCCAACUUAUUAGAAGGCAAUGAUAAUAUAUCUGUACAUGAAGUCGAUGUGUCAAAUGCUGCAUCAAUUGCUCAAGCCCUUGUGGAUGUGAAAUCUAAAUUUAGUCAAACUCCAUGUAUAGGAAUCAACAGUGCAGGUAUCACCAGAGAUAACUGGCUUUUAUCAAUGACUGAGGAAGCAUUUGAUGAAGUCAUCGCCAUAAACCUUAAAGGCACAUACCUCAUUAAUCAGGCAGUCAGUAAACUUAUGGUAGAAGACCAAAUCAAGAAUGGAUCCAUCGUGAAUAUUUCGAGCAUCAUCGGCAAACAAGGUGCAAUGGGACAAGUCAACUAUGCUGCAGCAAAAGCUGGGGUUUUAGGAAUCACGAAAACAGCAGCUAGGGAGUUAUCUAAGUUUGGAAUCCGUUGUAAUGCUGUCGCUCCUGGUUUCAUUGAGACACCAAUGACGGCAGUUGUACCAGAGAAAGUUGUUAAUUUUGUAUUGAAGUCUGUUCCUCUACAGCGGGCUGGUAGACCAGAGGAGGUUGCCCAUGCCUGUCUAUUCCUGGCUUCUGAGAACAGCAGUUACAUCACUGGAGCAUGUUUAGAUGUCAACGGGGGACUAAGCAUGGAUUAACUAAGAACUCAAAAUGGCUGACUCAAGACGUAAAAUCUUGCAAGUUACAGACCACCUUAGAACAACUCAUUGAACAUUGAUUCCAUUCAAAACAUUCUGAGUAUUGUAUUCAUAUAGCCAAUAAGGCAAAGUGAAAUGAGUAAACUAACAUAUUAAUUUGGACCUUGCGUCAAUGUGAUGUCUUCUCUAUUAUGAAACUUCUUGAAAUCCCUCCUUCGUGAAAUUCCAUCACAACAACUUACAUGUUGAUAUUUAACCACACUUGAUGCCAAAAACAAGGAUAUCGUAACUUUACAAUGAUUUACAUAUUUCUCUGAUCUGUGGCAUGUUUCAAAUUGUAAAUUUCAAGGUAAUUUACCAAGGUUUACAACUACAUAUAUAUUUU